AUGACAUCCAACAAUGGUAGUGGCAGCGACCACGGCGGGUUUGGGAAUGGGUUCACGUCGUACAUUGAUCUCACGGGCUCCGAACCUAUAACGAGGGUGGUACGUCACGAACAAGGAACGACGUCUGACGAACCCGACAUGCCCACGGCAGUGACGCAAAUGUGUCUACUGGGCCCCAUACACACGAUACACCAGGCCAAUGAUCUCAAACCACCACCUCGAACCGAACCUCAAAAACUUAGCACUACCACGACCGCUACUGGUAAUACGGGUGGGUCAGCAAUACCUGUACAGGUUACUGAGGAUGACCACCGGGUGAGCCUUAGUAUGGAAUUGAUACGCGAACACAUGUUUACCUGUGGCGUGUGCACCAAGGGCGUGUUAUGCAGUGGAUUAGAGCUGAUAGGUUGCUUGCAACGCGGAAUACACUGCUCUAUAUGGGUUAGAAAACCCCUAAAGCACCCAGAGAGCUUGCUAAAACAACCCUAUCCUUCCGUUAACCAAAACUUGAAUAAAGAACCCUAA